AUGCGGGGGCCGCGCUCCGGGCUCUGCCCGCUCCUCUUCAGCCUCCUCCUCCUCCUCCUCCCGUUCCUGCCGGCGGCCGCCGCGCUCGCCGCCCCCCCGGCCCGGCCGUGCGUCCCCCUGGGGCUGCGCCGGGGGCCGCUCCCGGCACCAGCGAUCUCCGGAGGCUGCGCGGGGCCGGAUGGGACCGAGGAGCCCGACGUCGGGGUGCAGGAGGAUGGGGGUCCCGUAUGGCUGCCGGGGGUGGGCAGGGUGCUCGCUGUCCCCCCCCGGGAUGCUGCCGGCCGGUCAGACCCUGCCCCGGUUCCUGUGCAGAGCAGGCACUCCCCCCAGGAGCUCCCCGAGGCCCCCAGGGCUCGCGCCGCUCCCAGGAGACGGAAGAGGGACUGGGUGAUCCCCCCCAUCAAGGUUCCCGAAAAUGAGAGGGGUCCCUUCCCCAAAAAGCUGGUUCAGAUCAAAUCCAACCGGGACAGAGACACCAAGAUCUUCUACAGCAUCACGGGGCAGGGGGCGGACACCCCCCCCGAGGGCAUCUUCACCAUCGAGAAGGAGUCGGGCUGGAUGAAGGUGACGCAGCCGCUGGACCGGGAGCGCAUCGACAAGUAUCACCUCUUCUCCCACGCCGUGUCCGAGAACGGCAAACCGGUGGAGGAGCCGAUGGAGAUCAUAGUCACGGUGACGGACCAGAACGACAACAAGCCCCAGUUCACGCAGGAGGUCUUCAGGGGCUCCGUGCCGGAGGGCGCUUUGCCGGGCACCUCCGUGAUGCAGGUGACCGCCACGGACGCAGACGACGCGGUGGAGACCUACAACGGCGUCAUCGCCUACUCCAUCCUCAGCCAGGAGCCGCGGGAGCCCCAUCCCCACAUGUUCACCGUCAACAGGGCCACCGGCACCCUCAGCGUCAUCGCCAGCGGCCUCGACCGGGAGCGCGUGCGGGAGUACACGCUGACCGUGCAGGCGGCCGACCUGGACGGCGAGGGUCUGACCACGACGGCGCUGGCGGUGAUUGAGAUCCUGGCGGUGAUUGAGAUCGCGGAUGUCAAUGACAACGCCCCCGAGUUCGACCCCAAAACGUACGAGGCGGCCGUGCCGGAGAACGAGGCCGGGCGGGAGGUGGCCCGGCUGGCCGUCACCGACCUGGAUGAGCCGAGCACCCCGGCGUGGCGAGCCGUCUACUCCAUCCUGGCGGGCAACGAGGGAGGUGCCUUCACCAUCGUCACCGACCCCCGCAGCAACGAGGGCGUCCUCCGCACCGCCAAGGGUCUGGACUACGAGGCCAAGAAGCAGUUCGUGCUCCACGUGGCCGUGGCCAACGAGGCCCCCUUCGCCGUGAAGCUGCCGACGGCCACCGCCACGGUGACGGUCAACGUGGAGGAUGUCAACGAGGCGCCCGUCUUCGACCCACCGGUGCAGCUCGCCCGGGUGCCGGAGGACGUGCCGCCGGGGCAGACCCUUGCCUCCUGCACGGCCCAGGACCCCGACAAGGCCCAGGGACAGAGGAUCAAGUACCUGGUGGGGCAUGACCCGGCAGGCUGGCUGGCCGUGCACCCCGAGAACGGCCUCGUGACGGCACGGGACCACCUGGACCGCGAGUCCCCCUUCGUCAAGAACAGCACCUACGCCGCCGUGCUGCUGGCCGUGGACGAUGGCUCGCCGCCCGCCACGGGCACCGGCAGCCUGCUCCUCACCCUGCUCGACGUGAACGACCACGGCCCUGAAGCCGAGCCCCGGGACAUCACCGUCUGCACCGCAGCCCCCCAGCCCCAGGUCCUCACCAUCACCGACAGGGACCUGCCCCCCAACACCGGCCCCUUCCGCGCCGAGCUCAGCCACGGCUCGGGGACAGCUGGGGCCGCGGAGGUCGGCGACGAAGGUGACACCGUCACCCUGCGGCUGGUGGCACCGCUGGAGCCGGACCUCUACAGCGUCUACCUGCGGCUCCUCGACCGGCCCGGCAAAGCCCAGCUCACCGUCAUCACCGCGCGGGUCUGCGACUGCGAGGGGCCGGCGCAGAGCUGUCCCCAGAGAUCCCAGCCCGCCACCGGCCUGCCCUUCGUCCUUGCCGCCCUGGGCGCUCUCCUGGCCUUGCUGCUCAUCCUGCUGCUGCUGCUGCUCUUCAUGAGGAGGAGGAAGGUGACGAAGGAGCCGCUGCUGCUGCCUGAGGAUGACACACGGGACAACGUCUUUUACUAUGGGGAGGAGGGCGGUGGGGAGGAGGACCAGGACUACGACCUGCGGCAGCUGCACCGGGGCCUGGACGCCCGCCCCGAGGUGCUGCUCCGCAACGACGUGGCUCCCACCCUCCUGCCGGCCCCCCAGUACCGGCCCCGUCCUGCCAACCCCGAUGACAUUGGCACCUUCAUCGAGGAGAACCUGAAAGCGGCCGACACGGACCCCACGGCCCCCCCCUACGACUCCCUGCUGGUGUUCGACUACGAGGGCAGCGGCUCGGAGGCCACCUCGCUCAGCUCCCUCAACUCCUCUGCCUCCGACCGCGACCAGGACUACGACUACCUCAACGACUGGGGCAGCCGCUUCAAGAAGCUGGCAGACCUCUACGGCGGCGGGGAGGAGGAUGACUAGGACCCCCCCCCUCCCCACCCCACGCCUUACCGCUGCCCGUGCCUUGGGGCUGCCCCCUCCCGCCGUGCCCCCCCCCACCUCGGCGGCAGCCCCCUCACCUUCCCCUCCUGUAUUUUUCUUGUUUUUAUUUUUUUUUUGUUUUUUUUAAUGUAUGAAAUAAAGGUAGUGUAACGCUACGGACGAGGUGAGCGGGUGCUGGUGUAAGUUUUAAU